AAACGUCAUUGGAUCUGAUCGGGAUCGGAUCGUCUGAUUAUUCAUUCUUCAAAAAAGGAUUAUGCCGCUUGGAAAAUUCGGAAAAAUAACACUCUCGUGGUAAUUAGCUACACAUCACCCUCUUACCAAUACCAGAAAUAUAAAUAGUACCGUGGGUAGCAGUGACAGUUACGAGUUUAUCACUGUUUGUGGUGGCAAAGAACAAUAUAGAUGCCCAUCGCCUGGAGAAUAUGAAAGCGCGUGAACGCAUGCGCAGAUCAAACCAGGGAGAAUAUCCUGAUUCAUAUAGGAAGUUGUGAGUGUAGAAAGAAUUUGGGAAGUUACUAUUAAUAUAAGUGAUAAUAAACGAAAAUGGCUGUUCCCCAAUUGGACCCAGCGAAGCUGCAGCUAGUGCAAGAGUUGGAGAUUGAGAUGAUGUCAGACAUGUACAAUCGACUGGUCACUGCAUGCCACCAAAAGUGUAUUCCUGUGAAGUACCAUGAGGCUGAACUUGGCAAAGGUGAAUCAGUUUGUUUAGACCGUUGCGUGGCUAAGUAUCUCGACGUCCACGAGCGGAUAGGCAAGAAACUGUCCAAUAUGUCGCAGGGUGAAACUGAGGAUUUGACUAAGAUAAAUCUGCAGGAAAAGAAAUAGUAUCUAGUUGCGUUACUCAAAACUUGCGAUGAAUUGUUACUUUAUUAUUCUAUAAUCCAUCAUCAUCAUGUCAACCAAUGGACUUCUACUGCUGGACAUAGGUCUUUUGAAGGGAGUUCCAAAUAUCAUUGUCUUUAGCUGAAACUUGUUUAAUUUUUCACCAAAACAUACUUUUGUGACCCAAUUAAUGAAGUUUAAUAAUGUAUUUGACUGUCUACGACAGGAUUUUACCCCAUGUCUCUGAAGGUUCAAAAUCUAUUUGUUACGUUUUAGUCUCUCAGUACCCAUAACACAAGCUACGCUUACUUUGGGACUAGAUGGCGAUGUUUGUAUUGUCGUAGUAUAUUUAUUUAUUUUUAAUUCGAGAAACUGGCUUAGAGUGAAUUUUUAAAUAUACUUUACCAUUAAAUAUACAAGUAAGCAAAAAUAGCUUACACAUAACCUUCAUACAUAAAAGCACUUCCUACCCUAGUUUUUAUACACUUCAUUUUUGAAAGCGAGUUAUCUUUUAAUAAUUUGGCUGAUCGGUGGAACGCCUUGAGUGUACGCUAGUCUUUGCAGUUGAGAUGCAUACUUGUUCCAAUAUAACGAUGAGGCGACAAACGGCUGUGAAAAAUAUCGAGCCAUUAUCUUAACGUAACCGACAGAACAAAUGUGAGUACAUAUACCUCCUUACUACAUAAUAAAUGCGAAAGCAUUUUUGUUUGUUUGUCUUUCCUUUACGCCGUAACUAAGCUGGUUGCUUCACCAACUUGAUUUUUUUGCUAGAAUUAGUCAAAAGGAAGUUAAAUUAGCGUUAAGUCGGUUAAACAAGUCGAAGGCUCGAUAUAAUUCUGAUUUUUAUUAGCAUACAGUCAAAACAAAUAUCUUUUCAGCUCUAUUAUUAGUGUGUAACAUUGUGGUAUCAAAUGGAAGGCUUAUUGUUUUAAUUAACAAACAAAAAAAACUAUAAUUUGCUUAUGUAAAAAUCAGUCAUUAAUUUUUUAUCAAAAGUAUGUUUAACAUUUAAAAAAAAAAAUUGGUACAC